AAUCCCACGGCAAUAACAAUAAUAAUAGUAAUACGGAGUAAUUUUUUAAUAAAAACAAAAAAGUUCGGCCAUCGGUUCUCCGAUUUCUUGGCACCCGACGCCGAUCCGCUCCUCUCCGCCCUCGUCGCGUCCAGCCAUCUCCCCCAAGUCUUCGAGCAGCAAGGUCCAUGGACGUCAAGUGCCGUCGCCUGGAGGGGAAGGUGGCCGUCGUGACGGCCUCCACGCAGGGCAUUGGCCUCGCCAUCGCCGAGCGCCUCGGCCUCGAGGGCGCCGCCGUCGUCAUCUCCUCGCGCAAGAAGAAGAACGUGGACGAGGCGGUCGAGGGGCUCAGGGCGAAGGGGGUCACCGUCGUAGGCGCGGUCUGCCAUGUCUCCGUCGCGGAGCAGCGCAAGAGCCUCAUCGACACCGCGGUCAAGAAUUUUGGACAUAUUGACAUCAUUGUUUCCAAUGCUGCUGCAAACCCUUCUGUAGAUAACAUACUAGAAAUGAAAGGGCCUGUCCUUGACAAACUAUGGGAAAUUAAUGUCAAAGCAUCUAUUCUUCUUCUACAGGAUGCUGCAGCACAUUUGCGAAAGGGAUCGUCUGUGAUAUUAAUUUCUUCAAUUACUGGCUAUAAUCCUGAACCAGCAUUAUCGAUGUAUGGCGUCACAAAGACUGCCCUGUUUGGUCUCACAAAGGCUCUGGCUGCUGAGAUGGGGCCAAAUACUCGUGUUAACUGUAUAGCCCCUGGUUUUGUUCCUACAAAUUUUGCUCGUUUCCUCACAACUAACGAGACCCUUAAAAAUGAGCUUAUUGACAGGAGCACGCUUAAGAGAUUGGGUGCUGUGGAAGACAUGGCUGCAGCCGCCGCAUUCCUGGCUUCAGAUGAUGCAUCAUUCAUUACAGCUGAAACUAUUGUUGUUGCUGGAGGGACUCGAUCUAGGCUGUAGAUCUAUCUGUACUCGCUGCUGGUGAAUAAAUUGAAAUUUACUCAAUAUGCUACAAUAGGUAAUAUAGUUUCGUAAAUGGUAAUGCGAUUUGCAAGGACAGUUUACUGGAUACUGGAAGUGAUGUGAACUGCUGUCGUCUGACGCCUGGCGGGUGCUAGAAUAUGGCAUUCGGAUAGCAUCUUAUAUUUCCAUGACUA